AUGACCGUGGUGCCCGGGGAGAACCUCGACGAGACUGAGGCACUGGCAGCCCUACCCCAAGAUGUGUACGACCCCGAACGAGCUGACCAGGAGUGCUGCGAGCGGGUGGUCAUCAACAUCUCGGGGCUCCGCUUCGAAACCCAACUGAAGACCUUGGCACAAUUCCCGUCCACCUUACUCGGCGACCCCAGGAAAAGAAUGCGCUUCUUCGACCCUCUGAGGAACGAGUACUUCUUUGACAGAAACCGACCCAGUUUUGACGCCAUCCUUUACUACUAUCAGUCUGGAGGCAGGUUACGGAGACCCGUCAACGUCCCCUUGGACAUCUUUAUGGAGGAGAUUAAAUUCUACGAGUUGGGAGAAGAAGUCAUUGAGAAUUUGAAAGAGGACGAGGGCUUCAUUAAGGAGGAAGAGCGACCUUUGCCAGAAAACGAGUUCCAGCGGCAGGUCUGGCUCUUGUUCGAGUACCCGGAGAGCUCUGGACCAGCGAGGGGUAUCGCGAUAGUGUCCGUGCUCGUCAUUUUGAUCUCAAUCGUCAUCUUUUGCUUGGAGACUUUACCAGAGUUUAGGGAAGAUGGGAAAAUGCACGAGGAGCACCUCGCAGUCAAUGGAACUAUUGGAUCCAAUAAGCCAAAUCCCUUCACAGACCCCUUCUUCAUUGUGGAGACCCUUUGUAUAAUUUGGUUCUCCUUUGAAUUGUUUGUGCGGUUUCUCGCGUGCCCGAGCAAGCCCGCCUUUUUUAAGAACAUCAUGAACACAAUCGACAUCGUGGCGAUUAUUCCCUACUUCGUCACCUUGGGUCUGGAGUUGGCCGAGCAUCAGGGCAACGGGCAGCAAGCCAUGUCGCUGGCCAUCCUGAGGGUCAUUCGUUUGGUGCGGGUGUUCCGCAUCUUCAAGCUAUCCAGACACUCCAAGGGGCUCCAGAUCUUGGGUCAGACCCUACAAGCGAGUAUGCGGGAACUCGGUCUGCUCAUAUUCUUCCUUUUCAUUGGAGUCAUUCUGUUCUCCAGCGCCGUUUACUUUGCCGAGACGGACGAUCCCGACUCGGGGUUCAGCAGCAUCCCCGAUGCCUUCUGGUGGGCAGUGGUUUCUAUGACAACCGUGGGCUACGGGGACAUGUGCCCGGUCACCAUCGGUGGCAAAAUUGUGGGCUCUUUAUGUGCCAUCGCUGGCGUGCUCACUAUUGCUCUCCCGGUGCCUGUCAUCGUGUCCAAUUUCAAUUACUUUUACCACCGGGAGACCGAGCACGGGGAGCAGUUACAGUACACGCACGUCACAUGUGGUGAGCAGAAACCGUCGUUUGACGAAUUAAAAAGGAAUGACAGCAAAGCGUCCCUCUCGAAAUCCGACUAUGUGGAUUCAGAGGAUGGAGAUUCGGUCAAGUACACCAACUGCAGCCCCCAUAAAGUGUAUACAGGGAAGCUUACGGAUGUCUGA